AUGGGAUUCCAAGCAAUGUUACUAGAACAGAAGAGUUGUGUUAUCAAUCUACUACUUUGUAAUCUUCUAGAGAACAAGCAGGUGACACCACGAAGCAAGGUAAAGCCUGACUUCAAUCUCUCAGUAGAGAACCAAUCUCUCACUGGCAUUGGAAUUUCCUCUCCGCAUUCCUCCAUUCCCUCGGUGAUCCCUUUCUGCUCAAAAGAUCAUUACCUUACGUCUGCUGCCGUUAACCACAACAAGUCAGAUCCUGACUUCCGCUCAACAGAGACUCGUUCUCUCAUCGACGACGCGAUUGUUCUUCAAAUCGCUCUCCUCAUCUGA